AUGGUAUGGAAGUUGACUUGGUCAGGCAGUGAGCAAGAAGACGAAGGACUAAAGGUACUGCAGAAAUUUUGCAGAAGAAAAUACCGACAUUUUCUUACGAAUGCUUUAAAAAACUCAAAAACUCACAAGCUAGAGUCUAUAGAAGCUGAAAACGUGGAUUUUGUUGGAUUGAGUACAAACAAUAUUACCACGGAUACUACAGAUUAUGGUAAAUACAGUAUUUAUAAGGAAGGAAUCAGUCAGCCAAAUGUAUAUGAUGUUAUCGAAGAAAUCUUGAACAGUCACGGCAAGCCAAACCGCCAUCAUCCAAUCAAUUUGUUGUGGUACAAUCUUGAAUUCAAAUUUGGUCGUUGGGUCAAAUGCAUAUUACUAUUGUUAGUGCUAAUUGCAUAUGCUCUUGUUGGUGGCUUGCUUGUUCACCAAUUUGAAGCACCUGCUGAACGUGAGCUCAUUGCUCAGCUCGACCAACAAACCGUAGAGCGCCACAAAAUUUAUGCGAAAAAAAUAUCAGGAUUGUUUACAUCGCCACACUGUUACUCAGCGACAAAACAAAAUGAUAGUCGAAGUAGUACCAGGAUAACAUGUAAUAGAAGGCUUGAACUGCUACUAGAGGAAUACGACGAACUAAUGGGUAUCUUGGCCUACAAACACAAUCUCUGGAGAUGGGCCGAUUACUGGAAUGCUGUGUUUUAUUGUGGCACUAUUUUCACCACCAUUGGAUAUGGAAAUAUAUGGUGCCGAACCACCAAGGGCAGGAUUUUUACUAUUUUAUAUGCUUUAUUGGGUGUGCCGUACAUGUUGGUAGUACUGAAUGAAUUUGGAAACUUGAUUCUUCUUUAUGUGCGCAGUAUUUGGUUUUUUAUUCGAAAAUGUUUUAAAUGCUUCACACAAUUUGUAUUAAGGUGGAGAACGAGAGAGUAUCAGGUUUCUAAUGAAGCUCAAAUUAGAAUGAAAAAAAUCCAUGAAGUGGUGAAAAACAAUAACUGUGACAGCAACCAAAACGAUGAAACGAACAAUGAGAACGAUGCUUACGAAACAUUUCCAAUUUACGGCGCAAUUCUAAUAAUCAUUGUUUACAUCGCAAUUUGCUCCUUCAUAUUUCGCAUAUGGGAACACUGGGACUAUUUCACCGCUUUCUACUUCUUCUUCAUCUCUUUAACCACCGUCGGAUUGGGAGAUGAAAUGCCAGAUCACCCCCAUUUUGCAUGCGUAUUUUUCAUAUUUUUUAUCGUUGGACUGGCUCUAGUGUCGAUGUGUGUGUCAAGCGUACAGAUGGAAUUCGAAAUGAGAUUCAUGAAAGCAAUCAAUCUAAUAGAUGAAUACAGUAGAGAGCGACAACGUCGGGACCAGAAAAGCUUGCUGAAAACUGUUGGAGGCCCACUAAGAUUCAUCAACUCAGUCCCUGUGUUGAAUCCGCUUGCGUUUGUACCAACUGUUUCAAAUGAUCUCACAAAAGAACGAUGCAUACAUGUGUCCUUAGAGAAAUCACAAAACAGCCUCCAAAGAGUACCUCCCGUCUUAGAAACAGUGUUGUGUCGAACAAGCGUGCGGCUUUCCAGAAAGAAAAGGCAGGAAAUAACAGCAUAA